GUUAAAUCGGGCCACAUGAGAAUUGGGGAAUAGAUAAUCGGGGGUUUUCCUUUUUCAUGUCUAAAAGUUAUUAUUAUGAUUUUUUCAACGGAUUGAAAAAUUACCGAUCAAGAAACCGCCAUUGAUAUUCAUUUUUGUGCAGAAAACCAGUUUAACACUCUCUGCAUGCACCAUUAUAGGCGAGUCAAAGUUGUACUCUCAGCAUCAACAGUCGUUCGUUUAUGUACAAGCUCUGUACAUAUCAUUUCUCGCCCAUACACGAUCGGCCAGAAAUUCAUAUCUCACAAUCUGCUCCGGCCAACAGAACAACCGUCGUUGCUCGAUCAUUUGCUCGAUUCAGCUGAUUGAUCGGAAAAAUAAUGGCCCCACCGUCUUCAUCCGAUGAAUUUGGAGUCCCAUCCGUCACCGUAACCCUAAUCCCAGGCCUCCCGAACGAUUUAGGCGCGUUGAUUCUAGCAUUCGUGCCCUACUCCCACCACCCCCGCCUCAAAUCCACCUGCAAAUCAUGGCGGCGCUUCUUCUCCUCGAAAGCCCUAAUUUCUCUCCGCCGGAAUUACUCGAUCGCCCCUGAAUUGCUGUGUAUUUUCCCGCAGGACCCUUCGGUCUCCUCCCCUUAUCUGUUCGACCCCAAAAACCUCUCGUGGUCCCCCUUGCCGCCCAUGCCCUGCAACCCCCACGUUUACGGCCUCUCCAACUUCAUCACCGUCUCCGUGGGCCUCCAUCUCUACGUUCUCGGCGGUUCUCUUUUCGACACGCGGUCUUUUCCCCUCGACCGACCAUCUCCAUCCUCUUCUGCCUUCCGUUUCGAUUUCGCUACCUUCUCGUGGGAUUCUCUGUCGCCCAUGAUCACUCCACGUGGAAGUUUUGCUUGUGCUGCCAUGCCUGAGCAUGGUAAGAUUGUGGUGGCUGGCGGGGGUUCGAGGCACACCAUGUUUGGGGCAGCCGGGAGUAGGAUGAGUUCAGUGGAGAUGUAUGAUAUCGAGAAGGAUGAAUGGGUGGCUUUAGAUGGUUUGCCUAGGUUUCGGGCUGGUUGUGUUGGGUUCUUCUUGGGAAGGGAGUUCUGGGUGAUGGGAGGGUAUGGGGAAUCGAGAACGAUCUCGGGAGUUUUUCCGGUGGAUGAAUACUACAGGGAUGCUGUGGUUAUGGAGUUAACGAGUGGAGGGAAAUGGAGGGAGCUUGGGGAUAUGUGGGAGGAAGGGGAAAGACAGAGGCUCGGGAAAAUCGUCAUGAUCGAGGAUGAAGGCAUGGGUUCGCCUGAGAUUUUUAUGCUUGACAAGAGUGAAAUCUUCAGGUAUGAUAUGAAUUCUAAUAGCUGGGUAAAGGAGACUUGUGUGCCUAGAAAGGCCUCCGAUGACUCGUCUGUUGGUUUUGCCGCAUUAGAUGGGGAACUUCACUUGCUUUCCUUUUUCAAUGUAAAUGAUUCAACAGACGGCAGAAGGUCACGCCCACAUAAGAGGUCAACAGCUCUGCUAAUACAGAUAUAUCAUCCUAGGAAAAUGUCAUGGAGGUCAGUUAUUGCAAAACCACCUUUUCACGAGCCAUUAGACUUCAGAACAGCAGUAAUGUGCACCAUACGACUUUAGGUUGCAUAUUUGAUGUAUGUUUGUCGUAUACCUAUCUACACUCUGUAUUGUGCUCUUGGGCAUGUUACAUACAUAUAAGAUUUUGUACAGUUUGGCAAGUCUAUUGAUUCUAUUGAAGACUACUGUUUGUGAGUUGUGACAGCAUAUUGUUAGAUGUGAAUAAUAAUUAUAAUAAAAAAAA